GGGUGGGAUGUCACACGUGUGUAUCUGGUACGCGUGUGAGUAUGUUCCUAUAAAACAAUGAGAAUUUAUGGACAAGAGAUACAGUAGUAAGAGUAUAUACGAUGAAGAUGCGCGCCACUCCCACUUUGACUCUCACAGUCCCUACCUCGCUUUCUCCUUCGCUCCUCUUCUUCCAUCGAAGAAAGCCCUCUUUUCUCUUCUCCAAUCCUAAGCCCUUUCUCUUUCUUCUUCACCACUCUUCUACUGCUUCUUCUUCUUCCUUCCGACUCCGCUGUUCCUCCUCCUCCCGUUCCCAAUCCAUAUCGGAAUCAGAAUCGGAGGAUGGUGUUUGCAUAGAUAUCCAGAGGCUCCCCAACAACUCCCGCAGAAUACUCUCCUCCGUCGCCAUUAAUGCUUCUCUCCUCGCCGUGUGGAAUGUCUUGACUGAUUACGAGGGAUUGGCCGAUUUCAUUCCCGGUCUUGCUAUUAGCCAGUUGCUUGAUAGGGGCCCUGAUUAUGCACGACUCUUUCAGGUGGGUCAGCAGAACUUGGCCCUUGGCCUCAAAUUCAAUGCUAAAGGCGUUGUCGACUGUUAUGAGAAACCACUUGAAAUCCUUCCCUCUGCCCAGAAGCGUGAGAUUGAGUUUAACAUGGUAGAAGGAGACUUUCAACUCUUCCAAGGAAAAUGGUCAAUUCUACAAUGUAAUAAAAAAUGUCACAUUAAAUUUAUGGCGAUGCAGCUUGAUAGUGGAUGGGAUGGUGAUUCUGUGGCUGACCAAGAAAUGCAUACAACUCUUUCUUAUUUGGUUGAUGUACAGCCAAAGCUAUGGUUGCCUGUACAGCUGGUUGAGGGCAGACUUUCCAAUGAGAUAAAGGUGAACCUUGCCUGCAUAAGAGACGAAGCAGAGAAAGCAUUUAGCAAGACUAUGCGCUCUCUUUGAUGUCAUCUACAGUACUAUUUCUGAUUGUUUUCUAUGCCCUCAAUCACAAUAUUGUUUACUGGGUUCUAAAACAAGUAACAAAAUUAUAAUGUGCAUCUUUCUCAUGUAUGUUAGUUGAGUCCAUAAAUUAUCCUGCUUGCAAUGAAGCUCCAAUUGGGUUUCAGCUUAUGAUGCUCCUCUCCUUUUGAGAAGGGCGUGCUCAUCGUCUGUUAUUGGAAUGUCCUUAAGUUGAGGAGUCAAGGUGGUGUCAGCUGCAGACUGCAACGGCUCCACAUUCUCAGGAUGACUUAAUUGUUCAUAUAACCGAGAGAAGUGAAAAGGUUAGUUGAUUCAUCUCUUGUUAGUUACAUUUGUAAAGAAAUGACUAUUGGAAUAAGUAUGGCUAAGAUCCUGGACUAGGCCUAUGAUAAAAGGCAGACCAGAACUACGCCAUUCCACCAUAUCAUUUUGGGAUUUUUCCACCUAAUACAAAUAUACUUUAAAUACUUACUAUUCUGAACCUAAAAAAAGAAACGAGGAGAAAAUUAUAAUUUCUUUUCA